GAGGCGCGCAGCGACCGUCCGAAGGCCGGCGCUCGUGUAAGCGCCCCUCGGCCUCCCCUCCCCCGAAACGCUGCGGGACCCUCCUCCCGCCCUGCGGACACACACACACCCCGCGCUCGGCUCCUCCGCCUCUUCCGCGCUCCAGCCCGCGGCCGAGGCCAGCCCGGUGGUGGCGCGGCUCCCGCCAGGAUGAGUGGCUCCUUCGAUCGCAAGCUCAGCAGCAUCCUCACCGAUAUCUCCAGCUCGCUUAGCUGCCAUGCGGGCUCCAAGGACUCUCCCACGCUGCCCGAGUCUUCCGUCACUGACCUGGGCUACUACAGCGCCCCGCAGCACGACUACUACUCCGGCCAGCCCUACGGCCAGACCGUGAACCCCUACACCUACCACCACCAGUUCAAUCUCAACGGGCUUGCAGGCACGGGCGCUUACUCGCCCAAGUCGGAGUAUACCUAUGGAACCUCCUACCGCCAGUACGGAACCUACCGCGAGCAGCCGCUGCCCGCCCAGGACCCAGUUUCGGUGAAGGAGGAGCCGGAAGCCGAGGUGCGGAUGGUGAACGGGAAGCCCAAAAAGGUCCGAAAGCCGCGCACCAUCUACUCCAGCUACCAGCUGGCCGCCCUGCAGCGUCGCUUCCAGAAGGCCCAGUACCUGGCACUGCCCGAGCGCGCCGAGCUGGCGGCGCAGCUGGGCCUCACGCAAACGCAGGUGAAAAUCUGGUUUCAGAACCGCCGCUCCAAGUUCAAGAAGCUCUACAAGAACGGGGAGGUGCCCCUGGAGCACAGUCCCAACAACAGCGAUUCCAUGGCCUGCAACUCACCGCCGUCGCCCGCCCUCUGGGACACCUCCUCCCACUCCACUCCGGCCCCUGCGCGCAGUCAGCUGCCCCCACCGCUCCCAUACAGUGCCUCCCCCAGCUAUCUGGACGACCCCACCAACUCCUGGUACCAUGCACAGAACCUAAGUGGACCCCACUUACAGCAGCAGCCGCCUCAGCCGGCCACCCUGCACCAUGCCUCCCCCGGGCCCCCGCCCAACCCCGGGGCUGUGUACUGAGCACCCACCUGGCCUGAACCUCCCACGAAGGAUCCCCGGGGCCAGACAGAAGGCGUCUCUGUCCUAGCCAACACUCAGGAAUCAUCGAAGAGCACGGGGGAAAGGGAAGCCCCCUUUCCUCUUCCCAUGUCCCUUCCUCCAGGGACCCAAGAGCUCCAGGUGAAAUUUGCAUGGACCAAGGAUGUUCCCUGAACCCCUGUCCCGCUGCCUAGACGCUGGGGUACCCUUCCAGAUGUUGGGGCACUCCACUCCAGCUGGGACAGCUGCUCCCCUUCUGUUCCAGAAGCCUGGAUUGGCUUUGAAUGGCUCAUCACCUUCCAGCCUCUCACACUGAGUACUUGUUUCCCAGACUGGAGACCUGGGAGACCGGGGGCCAGUGGCGUGUUUGCAGGGCCGGCCUGGUCUGGACACCAGGCACUGUGGAUGCAGAGACCUGCCGGCCUGGUUCCUCCGAAGCCACCUGUGGCUCCCCUCUUCCUGAGUACCCCUUCUGCCAAAAAGACGUUGGACAUCGUGACUGGGACUCAGGGUGGGGACCUCGACCAGCCCCAGCCCUGCCCUUCCAGCCCUCAUUUAAGAUGUGAGGGUUGAACCAAAGAAAGUGGGGAAAUCUUUUAAUAUGUGUGGCUUUAGAGGGAAGAACUCGAGGAGUCAUCUCCAUCCUCUCCCCGCUCCGGUCGGAGAGGAGGGGUCGGGUGGUCUCGGAUGUCUUUCUUAAGGACCCAUCUCUUCUUCCGUGUACAGGACUUUGCACAACUUUGGUUUUGAAAGCUGUUGAAAACUAGGAAAACAAAGGGCAUUGUUAACAGAUAGGAUCAAUCUCCCCUACGUGGGCACCUCUGCUCUGCCCCGCCCCCACCCCAGCUCUCCCUCUCCUCCAGUAAGCUGGCAGUUCCGGCACCAAACCCCAAAGCUCCAAGAAGACAUACCAGGCAAAACAAGCCCCAAAACACCCCCUUUUCCAGUGGCCUCAAAAACCGAUUGGAAAACACCCCCUCAACCGAUUGCCUCGGAAACCCAUGAGGUGCACCAGGCGGGAGGGGAGGGUAGUGGCUCCGUGCCUUCAGGGGGAUGUCUAGCCACCCCCUCAGAGCUAACCCCUCCGCCCCGAUGUGGGCAAACAUUGAAGAGAAGGAGAGGUGGAAGACUGUAGCGCUAUAUAUAUGACUAUAUAUAUAUAUAUAUAUAUAUGGUCUGUAUUUUUUUUAAGAGCAGCAGAAAGAAGCAGCCUCCUCCCUGUGUGGUUUCCUAUUUACGUGGCCCUUUCCUCGUGGAUGUGCCCAGAUGCGCGCUGCGAGCGGAGAGAACCGGGGGCGUGGGCUCCGGCUGGACUGGGGUUCGGUGGGAGGUGCAGAAGUGGGAAGAGGCGCGGUGGGUCUCCAGGAGUCCCGACCAGGGGGACAGGAACUGAGCCAGCUCCCCACCCCCUCCCAGCCUUCUCAUUUCCGCUUUCC